GGAAGGGCCGCGGCGGACGGAGCUGAGCCCGAGCGGGCCCCGCUGUGCCCGCUCCGCUCCCCGGGCAGUCCCGGCCCGGCCCGCGGGGUUCGCGUGUGCGGCCCCGGGGAGGGCCCGGAGACGCCGCCGGGGGCUGCGGGGCCGCGGGAGCCGCUCCAGCCCCUGGGGCCGUCCCUGGAGCCGGGGGCAUCCUUUGGAUACAGGGAUUACACCCUUAGAGACGUUCAGGCCCCAGCGAACCCCCCUUUGCCUCAGGGAACCAUCAGGGCCGGGAGGCGCCCAGCCCAGCCCGCCGGCCGCGGCAGGGCCGCCCGGAGCCGGUGACCAGGAACGCGCCCAGUGUAUGAUUAAAAAAGUACUGCUCACUGAAAAUUGCCUGAUUGAGCACCUUGAUUCUUCAUUGGAACCCGAAAUUUUCCAAGAAAUUCUUACUGGAUCUUAACUCGCCAAGAUGCCCAUCCCUGUUGAUGAUGUGAUGCAGCUGCUCUGCCACGUGUCUGAGGCGAGGGGGAUGAAAGCUGCUGUCAAGCACUCCGGUCGGGGAGCACUCUUGGCAGGUGCCACAGCCUUUCUUGGGGGUCUGAUGGGAGGUCCCCCUGGAAUCGCUGUAGGUGGAGCAUUUGGUGGAUUGCUUGGUGCCUGGAUGACUUCUGGACAGUUCAAGCCAGUCCCUCAGAUUUUAUUGGAAUUGCCUCCUACUGAGCAGCAGAAACUCUAUGAUGAAGCUGUUGAUGUUAUCAGGCACUUAGACUGGACUGAUGUCGUUCAGCUGACUGCUCUGGUCAUGGGCAAUGCUAGUCUGCAGCAGAAGCUCACAGCAGUGCUGGUCAACUACCUCUCCAAAGAGCUGAGGGCACAGAUAGAGUACGGAGAAUGAACCUCUGCAGAGCACGCCUUUCACACUGUAAUGGAUUUUACUGACAGUUGUGAUUCUGCAACAUAGCAAUUAUUAGUUACCUAAUUAUAAAUAUAGGCAGAUCUGAGUAUUGUUUGGGUGUUGGGUUUUGGUGUUUGGGAUUUUUUUUUAUUAUUUUUGUUUUGUGUGGAUUUUUAAGGAUAGUGUUAGAUUAAAGCAUUAACCUGACACUGACUUGCUAUGUAAUUUUAAAUUACUGUGCCCUAGGACUAAUUCAAAUAGCUGAAGGGAAUUAUGUUUCCCUUAUGUUGAUCUAUCACUAGUCAAAAUUUUUAAAGUCAUUGUGUUUUAUUUAGGAGAUUUAUUUCUGUUUGUGUAAGUGCUUUAAUUUUUUUCUGUAAAUGACAAUAAGGUGCCAAAGUAGCUAGGGCACUUUGAAAGAUUUUACGUACUGUCUGUUUCAGUCCUGCCAAGGGAAAUUAUAAGACAUGAUGUUCUUCUACUGUGAACUUAAAGUACUCAAUCCUUACUUUGUUGUUUGUCACAUUUUUAUUGUAAUUCUUGAGUUAUUUAUUUCAUUAUGUAAGAAGUGAAGCAAAUGCCUAAACAACAUUUCAAGCAACAAGAAAACAAACUAUGAACAAUUUCAGUUCAAUUUUCAGUUUCAUUUUCACCAAGUUUCUGGUGCCCUAUAAUGGGAAGGCAUGGCAAGAAUAUUCUUUUUAAAAACUGGGGAGCUGAAUCUGCUGCCUUUAUAUUGGCCCCAGCGUCAGGGUUGUUAUUUCAGCAUUGGUUUCUUGACUGAAUCUGAACAGCUGGUCCUCUGUUUUCAUUAAAGUAUUCAUAAGAAGCA